AUGUGUUUCAUACUACUUGUGCUAGUUUUAAAUUUUUUUUGGGAUUACAACAAAGCCAAUGUUUACUGUGCUACCUGGGAUGCUAGCCAGCCAUUGUCAUGGCGUAGCCAAUACGGUUGGACUGCCUUUUGUGGACCCGCCGAACCUACAGGCAGAGACUCUUGCGGCAAAUGCUUAAGUGUGACAAAUACAGCAACUGGUGCUCAGGUAACAGUGAGAAUAGUGGAUCAGUGCUCUAAUGGUGGACUGGAUUUGGAUGUGAAUGUCUUCAACCAACUGGAUACAAAUGGAGCAGGCUACCAGGCGGGUCACCUUACAGUUAACUACGUCUUUGUUAAUUGCUAA